GGGCCGCACGCAAAAAUGCCCCGGGGCGAGGAGCGCGGACCUAGUCAGGGCAGCGGAGAGUGUUUUUGGAAGGGAAGGACAAAACGGCAGAGCUCCGGGAAGACUAAAAAAAUCUGUUGGCCGCCUGUCCGUGCUAUUUAUAAUGCCCCAGUGUUUGCAGCAUCUGCAGUGAACGUGAUGGCAGCCCAGUCGGUUUCCAUAGACAAGUAUCCAAAGGGAGAGCAGCAGAUGCAAGGUGUGGUAAAGGUAGACAUCGAGUCUGAGCAUAAGUUUAUUGAGGGGACACUGGCAGAGGCAUCUAGCCCAGCACCCACAGAGCCACAGACACCCAUGGACGCGGACAAGGCCUCCAUAUAUCGGCAUCCCCUGUUCCCUCUCUUGGCCCUGCUGUUUGAGAAGUGUGAACAGUCCACGCUGAGCUCUGAUUGCAUCACCUCGGCGAGCUUUGAUGUGGACAUUGAGAACUUUGUCCGCAAUCAGGAGAAGGAGGGCAAACCUUUUUUCAGUGAGGACCCUGAACUUGACAAUUUGAUGGUGAAAGCCAUCCAAGUGCUGCGGAUCCACCUGCUGGAGCUGGAGAAGGUCAGUGACCUGUGUAAGGACUUCUGCAGCCGCUACAUCGCCUGCCUCAAGACUAAGAUGAACAGUGAAACUCUGCUGAGUGGAGAGCCAGGGAGCCCGUAUUCCCCCGUACAAAGCCAGGUCCAGGGCUUUUCACCCAGCAAGACUCCGACCUCCGGCUCUAUCUCAGGGACCAUCAGUCCCCAGGGUCAAAUCAUGGUGCCAGCAUCAGCCCUGCAGCAAGGGAACGUUACCGUGACAGCUGUCAACCCCACCCAGGUGGUCGCAGGUAUGUCACCAUGGCAUACAACCCCUCCCUCAGGUGGCACAGUGUUCCAGCCUGUUACAGUCGUCACGCCUCAGGGCCAGGUGGUAACACAGGCUCUGUCUCCUGGGACAAUACGCGUCCAAAACAAUCAGCUCCAGCUGCAGUUUCACCAGGACUUGAACCUCUUUAAUCAUGACGACAACUCAACCAAGAACAAACGUGGUGUUCUACCCAAGCACGCCACCAAUGUCAUGCGCUCGUGGCUCUUUCAGCACAUUGGGCACCCAUAUCCAACAGAGGAUGAAAAGAAACAAAUUGCCACACAGACAAAUUUGACACUUCUGCAGGUCAACAACUGGUUUAUAAAUGCACGGAGGCGGAUCCUGCAGCCAAUGUUGGAUGCCAGCUCCUCUGAGACACCAAAAGCCAAGAAGAAGACCCCGCAAAACCGACCACUGCAGCGCUUCUGGCCUGACUCGAUUGCUGGAGGAGGAGGUGCCCAGCAGCAAGUCACCAUGCCAGAUGGAACAAUGGUAACGAUGAACAUGGAGGGCCUGCAGAGCCUGACGUCAGACGGUGCCACACUGGCAGUACAGCAGGUGAUGCUUGGAGGCCACAGUGAGGACGAGUCGGGGGACAGCGGAGAUGAGGACGAUGACACAGACAUGGCUGGGCUGGGCCUGGACAACAGCGACUCGUUGCAGUAGAGGACACACUCCCUCACACUCUGAUCUACACAUACACACAAGACAUGCAUAACUAGGUCUACAGAUUAAAUGUGUUUUUUCCAACACACAAUGAAUCGUAGUACAAAAAGACAGACACAUUAGGUUUACAUAGAGCACAAAACUACAGGAUGUAACAGUCCUGCACUCUUCCAAUCCUCCACCCUGCUGAACGGCAGUUUAUGCUGCUUGUGUGUACAUCAGGAGUUUCAUUUCAGAAACUGUUUUUUAAUGAUUUAAUUGAUGUAUGCGAGUGCACUUUUUUUUGUAUAUUUAAGCUCUAAAAGAUUAAAUCAAACAGACAGAAGAAAAAGAAGUGUUAAAACACUCAAAGCAAGUUUGUAUGCUCCGUUAAAAAUGUUGACUGAUUUAUGUUUUUUCUUUCUCGGCCCCUGUUCCCCAUCCCCAGUUGAAUUCUCAUUUUGGAUGCCAACAAUUUUAAAGUUGUAUCUGUAAGGGUUUGUCUUCACUUUUUGCAUGCUUGUUUUGAGUAGAUGUGCGCACUCUUGCGACUGACUCCACGGCUAUCACAGUGGGCCCCUGCAAUCCAAGCAGAGCCCCGAGUGGAGAGAUUGAAAAAUAAGGAGAGAUGCUUAUUUUUAUAUACAAACAUAUGGAAUUAGUGUUUUGUUUCAUUUUUGUGUUCUCCUGUUUUGUAAGGAAUAUUUAUGUACAGAUUCAUAAUUAAAGCUAGCGACCCUGUUUUCCAGGGUUCUUUGAAGUUUUCUAAAAAAAACAGUAAAAGGAAUUGAAUGCUGAUGAAAAUUGCUAUUUAAAUUGGUUUUAAACUUAAAAUACUAACAAGGCCUUACCUGUGUUCUUUUCUUAAGAAUUCUUGCUAAGAAGCACAAAAAAAGACUGACUGUUGGUGAAAUAGGUCAAAAGGACACUAAACUGCAGAACACUUGCGUGCUUCUAUUAAGCAUCGUUAAUAAUUUUACUGUGUAACUUCCAAGUUACCUGGGGUCUCAUUUAUAACCGAUGCGUAUGCACAAAUUGAGAGAUCCUACAGAAGUUGUGAUCUGUAAAAACAACCUUUAUGGAUGAAUGUGCGCACCUGCAAGGAAAUUCUGACCCUUGCAUUGAAACAUUUUGGAUUUGGGAAAUUGGUGAUGCAGAUGGUGAGGUGGUGAAUUGAAGUCAGAUUGUAGAAAUUAAAUGUUAAAGGAAUCGUAUGUAUAAUGUCUUUCACACAUCAUAUUUCACAUCAUAUCACAUGUUGAUUAUAGACCCACCUUAACAGAAACAUUCAGUCCAGCAGUUUUGUUUUGUUUGUCUUUGUGAGCUAUAACUUUUACAUAAGCACCUUUCAGUUGUAGAAAUUACAAGCCAACUCAAAUCUUAAAUCCAAUUUUGCUCAAUAACUCAUCAAUGCUGUAUCACCAUCCCAUCUCACCCUAGGAGCACAGAGAAGAGGGCCUGACUGUAUGAAGCUGACAAUCAUGGCCAGCUGUGGAGUGCAUCGUAGCUGUUGAAAUGCACACAUCAAAUAGUAUUAAAGAAUUGCAGAACAGGGCGUCAGUAGUUUUUAAUAUCUUCUAAUACUGUGCAUAUAUCACCAAGUAAAAUUUCAGUUUUCAGAUUUUUUUUUCUUUUCAUUUUUUGUGUGUAAAGUGGCUGCUGUGAACACGACUGUGCUGUCACUGGAGACACUGUGGUGGCUGCCACACACACACACUGCGUUCUCCAGUCACCUCAACUGCCACAUCUUUGCCACCUGCACAUAUGGACUGUGUAAAUGAGCAGUCUGGAAAUAAAGCCAGUGUCAGCUCUUACACUAGCAUUACACUCCAUAUCCUUAUUAUGAGUCAUAAUAAUAAUAAUAAUAAUAAUAAUAAUGCAGGCCAACCUCAUCAUAACAAAGUUAAAUAAAUAAAAAUGGUCACCUAUCAAACUUCCACUUUAAGUGAUAUCCCAGGGUCGGGGAUACCACUGAUUGUUGCCAUCAUUUGUUGCCAUGAACCCACAUGAUCAACAGGCUCAUUUCUGUGCAUCAACAUUCAUGAGGUGCUUUGCACUGACCAUUUAUGGUUGAAUGUGGGUGUGUAGAAGGUGGGAUAUGAGGCUGAUUCACAUGCGAACAAUUCCAAUUCGUUAUAGGAUUUAUAAAAGAAAACCACGCACUGGCAGGGAUAUGCACGGUUUUAUAAAUCAGAGUAUUUUUUUGGCGCACACCAUUUUCAGCUUUUGUCCACACAUAUACUUUUGGUAUGGAUCCUACUCACUGUUUUAUAAAUGAGACCCCUGAGGAGUUAUCCUUCACAGUAAGCUGACUGCAGUGCUCAUAUGUUUUUAAAUAUAGCUCCAGUUUUACCCUCAUUGUGUAUACCAUACAUUAGUCUUUUAAUCAUUUUACAGUAGUUGCGUACUUUCUUAAAUGCACAAUCCAGAACACUAUGCUAAUCACACAAUCACAAGGAUCUAAGUCACCACAGCAAGAUAUGAACUGUAUUAACAAGAAGCAGUGGACUUUUUGCACGCAUUAAACUUUAAUUUAUGUACACAUACUGCAUUGAAAACAAAGAACAGUUGGAAAGUUAAGCUCCUUGUUCAUUUUCUGCCUGAAGGACUGGGACUAAGUGCUGCAGCCUCUGUUGGUCCCCCUGCCACUACACACACGUAGUGAAAGAUUGGAAAUUUCCUUAUCAAUAUGUUGAUAUUACUUCACAAAUUGGGGUGCCUCUCAUUUUGAAUAUCUGUAAUAUUGUACUGUACAACAAUUGUCUGUCAAUAGUUGGAGUAAUCUGGUCCAUAUCCCACUAGUAAAGUUGAGAUUUGAAAUGGUUAAUUUCAUGCAGCCUGAGGGUGUAGCAACUCUGGGUGGUCCUUGCUGAGCUCUCAGUUCCUCACGUGCGUCUGUCUUGCUUUUUAUGAAGCGUUCACUUUUUCUUGUUGUUUUGCCUUAGAGCUUUAUAUUUUGGAAUAAAUGAUGCCUAACUCUCUCCUGUG